UUCAACCUUGAUGAGGAUGAGGAAGUUGAUGAUGUUGAUGACCAACCAGUUGUCCCACUAAAGAAGAAAAAGCUUGGAAAAAAUCCAGAUGUGGACACAUCAUUUUUGCCAGACAGGGAUAGAGAGGUACGUGAAUAUGUAAACAAGAAGUUAGUUACGGCAGGUGGAACAAGAGCAGGGAUCAAAAUUAAUGCUUGUAAACUCCACAAAGUGCGUGUGAUUUUGAUAAUCUGUGAGUAUGAACUGAAUUUCCAAUGGAAAUGUGUAUUUGGAAAAAAAAAAUUAACACUCUCUAUGUUUCCUCUUCAGAUGAAGAAAGGCAACACAAUCUCUCAGUUCCUUCAAAAAUGUGUAGAACAAUUGCGCAAAGAUUUUACUGAGUUUAGGGCUAUGACUACUGAAAACUUAAUGUACAUUAAGGAGGAUCUUAUUAUUCCUCAUCAUUACUCUUUCUAUGACUUCAUUCAGUCACAUGCAGGGAAAGUUGUUCUCCGUUCAUGGUACGAGAGGAAUAAACAUAUUUUCCCCGCCAGUCGAUGGGAACCUUACGAUCCAGAGAAGAAAUGGGACAAAUAUACGAUCUCUGAUAAAUCAAAGGCUUCUUAACAAACAUGUCAGUGCAUUACCUUAUGAACUUCUGGGAAGUUACAAGCGCCGCCGUUCAUAUUUUCUUUGUCAAUGUGGAUGUUCGAGUCCUUUAAAACGUUUGUACCGAAAAAAAAAAAAA